CUACAGCAGCUAUCCGUAUAUUUCACCGCAACCCAAAAACUAGGGUUUCCGCCGCGUAUAUAAAAUCCGUCAUCGUUUAGGGUUUCUCUCUAGUCGCAGCUACGAUCGAUCUCUCGCAAUGGUGAAGUACUCGAGGGAGCCCGCGAAUCCCACCAAGUCCGCCAAGGCCAUGGGCCAGGACUUGAGGGUUCACUUUAAGAAUACCCGUGAGACAGCUCAUGCAAUCAGGAAACUACCAUUGGCAAAGGCUAAGAGGUACCUCGAGGACGUUGUUGCUCACAAGCAGGCCAUUCCCUUCCGCAGGUUUUGCAGGGGUGUGGGCCGGACAGCACAAGCAAAGGCCCGCCACUCAAAUGGGCAGGGUCGCUGGCCCGUCAAAUCUUGCAGGUUCAUUUUGGACCUGCUGAAGAAUGCCGAAAGCAAUGCAGAAGUUAAGGGUUUGGAUGUCGAUACUCUCUACGUAUCACACAUCCAGGUGAACCAAGCCCAAAAGCAGAGGCGUCGCACGUAUCGUGCUCAUGGACGAAUCAACCCUUAUAUGUCAUCUCCAUGUCACAUUGAGUUGAUCUUGUCAGAGAAGGAAGAGCCGGUCAAGAAAGAGCCGGAGACCCAGAUUGCACCCAGGAAGACCAAGAACACUUGAGCCUUGCGCAGUGAAGCCUUUUCGCAAGGUUUAGCAAAUUCUAGCAUUCGUAGUAAUUCCAGUUGAAAGUUUGGGUUCACUUACCCCUCAUUUGUUUUUAAUUUUGAAUUGAUGUCGGUACCUUCGCAACGAGAACUGUGGUGGGAAUUAAUGUGUUUUGCUGCGUUAUAUUUCGUCUUAGUUUCUUUUAUUCGAUGAGAGAGGUCGAAUUUUACAUAAUGAGGCUUUUAUUGCUGGUUUUUUUUUUUU